AUGAAAUGCUCAUAUAAUGAAAUGGAUAAAAUACUUCCUUAAACUAAAACUAAUGGAGCUUUAUGGUUAGGAAAUAUAAAGGCAGCUUAAAAUAUUGUUAAACUAAAUUAAGAAAACAUCAAAACUGUUCUUACUAUAGCCAAUAAUACAAAUUUAUCUUACCCACAUCAUCAAAGAAUGAGACACAAAGUAAUUAAGAAUAUAAUAGGAAGGUUUUUGAAAUAAAAGAUAAUGAUAGCGUGAACAUACUUGAUUUAAUAGAAAUUACAAAUAAAUACAUAGAAGAGUCACUUUUAUGUGGUUCUGUCUUAGUUCAUUGUAUGGCUGGAAUUUCUCGUUCAGUUUCCUGUAUAAUAGCCUAUUUAAUUUACAAAAAUAAUUGGGAUUAUGAUUAAACUUUUAAGUUUGUGAAAUAGAAACGAAACUGCUCUAAACCUAAUGAAGGCUUUAAGAAAUAAUUAAUUAAAUAUGCUGAAUAAAAAUUAUUAUUAAAAAGUUAGAUUGUAAAUAACUAAUAAAAAUUAUUAAAUGAUCUAAGAAGGAAAUUAUAUUAAUCUCCUUACGAAAUUGCAAAAUAAACUUAGUUAGUAAAGUCGCCUAAUAAAUUCAUUACUUCACUAAAUUAUAAUUCAACUCCUGAAGAAAAAUAACAAUAUCGUUAAUAAAUGGCAUAAAAACUAUUUUUGAGUACCUUUUUUAAAGAUCAUUUACAUAAAUAUUCUAAUUCCAUAAUAUAAAAUAAAACUAAAAAUGGGCAAACUUUAAUAAAAAGGGCUUAACUAAGUAUGUAUCAUUCAAUUUAAGAAUCUGACAUUGGGUAUUUAUCUGAUAGAUACAAAAAUGCUUGA